AUGAGCGGCUUGGUCAAAAAGAAAUUGGCCACCUACCUAGAGACACGCAACGAUCUCCAGACCCAGUACAAGACCCUAUUGAGUAGGGCUGGCGCAGGGUCAGACUCCGCUCUCGCCAGUCUCUAUGAGUUUGACCAGCUCAACUACUCGUACCAGGCGCUCAAGCUGUACUACGAGGUGUCGAAAAGCAAAUGGGAUCUGGACUACCGCAAUUUGUUGGAGGACUUGGCGUCUGUGAACCUACGGAUCGAGUCGAGGCUCCCCAUCCGCGAGCUUUGUGGUGAGAUGCCCGAGUUGUCGCGAUUGCGCCGUGAAUUUCGGGAAAACGCCCGCGAGGCCGGCAAACUCGCGCAUAUGAUGAUAUCGUCGUCGGCCGCUUUGCGUGAUUUGGCCUCGGUGAUGGCUGAGAUCUCUGCCUUGACAAGCAUGUCACCUACCCCCAGCACAACUCCUGGUGCGGAGUCCAAGAACAAUUCCACGAAAGGAAAAGCCCGUAAAAAAUCUACACAUUGGAGAAUUGCCCGGCGCCUCCAGGAGACAUCUCUGAAGCAGGGCGUUGUUGCACCGGAUGAAAGCCUUGGUACAAACAAGGCUAGUAGUCCCGCAAGUGCAAGUGACAGUCCGGCUUCUGGUAAGCCCGUCGUCCAAGAACCCAGCCCUUCAGUUCUAGAUCUCCCCAUAAAUGUCGACGCAUUUCAUUUGCAGAGCUCUGACAGCGCGACCCCAGAACAGAGACAGCCUCAGGCGACAAUCCCUGCAAAGGAGCCAGCAAAAAAAGCGAUUUCUAUACUGGAUGCUGCUUAUAUCUCCUCGGCUAGCUCGCGCGAUGCUUCUCCAAUGCCUGUCCUGAAACCUGGCGGACCCCAAACGAGAAAAAGACCCUCACCUCCAACGGCUAAUAUACUGCAAAACAAUCUGAAGAGACUUUCAAGUGAGAGUGGGAUUUACUCAUUGAAUGAUUGGUCACGCGAACACGUACGCUGUCUCAUUGUUGCCCUAGUCCAGGACCAAAACGGCUCGAACCCAGAUACUGCGAUUCAAAAAGCUUUUCAGGAAAAGUUUGGCGUGGAAUUGAGCCCUGAGGAAGCGCACACUCUCAGGAUACACUACGGCCUCGCAGACGUGUCUAUGAGCAGCUACAAAUAUAUGAACCAAACGUUCCAGCUGUUGGCCACGUCUUACUAUGACCAUCUGUCAAAUUAUGUGGGAAUCCCAUGGGCAGAUAUGCGUCUUCAGUUCGGCAGAAAGGUGAAUGCCAUUCUACCAGAUUGGGAGAUCAAAAGCCGAUACUAUCUCUUUCUUCUUCAUAGACGUGUUUAUGGUCGUCUAGGAGAACCCUCUUCGGACUAUGCAGACUUAGUAGCUGGCUACCAUAAACUUGUCAACCCCAAUUUGAAGUCUCUGCUGUACAGUACAGCGCUCAAUCAUGAACUGAAACACACUAAAAGCAUUCCUGUAGCAGAGCUACCAAACGCAACCAGGCUUGAUCACUUGCCGGGUCUCAAUUUCAGAACUCCAGACACAUCGACCCAAACGGCCCCAAUAGUCGAAACUCAAUGGAAUCCGGAACAUCUCGAGGCCUUAAUAGAAGGUGAGAUCAAUGUUCCAGAAAACGCAGUGAAUCGGAUGGCAGUGCUCAUGCACUACAUCAAGCUCACAGCUGGUAAAAAAUUCACUUUGGAAGAGAUUGAAAAACGUAGAGCAGAGCAGGAUGUUGUUUCUGCUGUUCUACAGCGCAAACACCCAACGCUUGUUGAUGUUGAAAAAGAAAGAACGACAAGGUCCAAAAUCCCCAUUCAAGUUUUCAGCAAAACUCGACCAAGCUCAGCUGGGAAAGACUCGGCGAACAAUUUUGACAUUUUGCUCGCUGACAUAUCAUCUCUGGUCCAAGAAGAUUCAUAUUACGAGGCGAAGAUUCCUUCAAGUAUAAUCACAGGCUUUUGGGAUUUUGAAAAGACCAAAUCACUUAUGUCAACAGUUGAAUACAUAAGCCGUAUUCCCGCUGAGACACCAAAUAUCACAAUGAAGGUAGCCAGGCUCAACAUGGUGAAGAUAAUCAUGUUGAGAUUGCUUAGAUUGUUUCAGAUUAAAGUAAAGCCGGACUUAGUGGAACAACGUCUCAAAAAAAUGAUGGAAGUGGAUGUCUUUGACGAGGCUCUGUGUCGCUUAAUCAACGAGCAUUUCGAAAAUCUAACCUGA